UCCGCCUGACUGACACAGUCAUAGACUCAGGACUCAGUGGUGUUACGAAUUCAAGAUGGCAAGUACGGUGAACGAAAUUGCGGCACAAGCGACGGAAAAUUUUACCGAGUAUCGAAAUGCGUCAACUGGAAGGGAUCCAUCGACACCCGAGGGAAUAGCAAUUGCUUACGGUAGUCUCAUUAUUAUGGCCAUUUUACCGAUUUUUUUCGGUAGCUAUCGUUCGGUCAAACAUCACAAGGAACAGCAGCAACAGUAUAAAGCCAGUGGCGAGCAACCUGAUACCAUGUCCCGUAGAGAGGCUGCUAUGUUUCCUCUAAUCUCCAGUGUUACAUUAGUUGGCUUGUAUAUAUUGUAUAAGGUAUUUGCAAAAGAAUAUGUUAAUUUGAUAUUGGCAGCAUAUUUUUUCUUCCUUGGCAUUUUAGCAUUGUGUCAUCUUACCAGCCCAUUAAUCUCAUCGUUGGUACCUGCAGCGAUUCCAAAAACACAAUAUCACAUUUUAUUUACAAAAGGAAAGGAUGAUAAAGAAGAACAUAUAAUUAAUUACAAAUUUAAUCUACACGACAUUGUUUGUCUCAUUUGCUGCUCGCUCGUUGGUGCUUGGUAUCUUUUAAAAAAGCACUGGAUAGCUAAUAAUUUAUUUGGUAUAGCAUUUGCUAUAAAUGGAGUCGAAUUAUUACAUCUUAACAAUGUUGUGACUGGAUGCAUUUUGCUCUGUGGUCUUUUAUUUUACGAUGCCUUUUGGGUAUUUGGUACAGAUGUUAUGGUAACAGUUGCCAAAUCCUUUGAAGUACCCAUUAAACUCGUCUUUCCACAAGAUCUCUUAGAAAAUGGCUUGAACGCCGACAAUUUUACCAUGCUGGGAUUGGGUGACAUUGUAUUGCCUGGUAUCUUUAUCGCGUUACUACUGCGGUUUGAUAACAGUCUCAGUAGGAAGACAAAUGUCUACUUCUAUUCGACGUUCUUCGCAUACUUCAUGGGAUUACUCGCCACCAUGAUGAUCAUGCACUUAUUUGAUCACGCACAACCUGCUUUAUUAUAUUUAGUACCCGCGUGUGUAGGCACGCCGUUGCUCUUGGCAUUAGUCAAAGGAGAUCUCAAGGCAUUGUUCUCAUAUGAAGAUCAUCCAUCGCAACCUACAAAUGGAACGCAGCAAUCGGAACAAACGCAAGUAGAAGCAAAAAGGAUAAAUAAUACAAUAUAUUAAUUAAUAACGCAAAAAUAUUAUGUUAAAUCCGCGACAUUAUUACCGCGCUAUAAUUUUCCGAAUUCUUACAAAUGGAAAAUAAGAAAUAAAAAAAAAGAAUUCACGGUUCAUGCUCAAAACGUACAAUCACGCAUUGUGCGAAGUACAAUAGCCUGUAACUGUGCUGUGCAUACACAUAAAUUGCAAGAUAUAUAAAUACGAUAAUACGAGUCUUACAGUAGUUAACACUCGCGAAUAUAUCGUUUCGAUCGCGAAAACAAAUUUAACGGUAGCAAAUAUAAUUAUAAUAAUAAUCAAGGGUUCGCCGUUUCGUUUGCAUAUAUCAGAAAUUGUUAUCACUCAUGUAUGGUAUCGAUGGAAAACGUUCCGAGAUACUGAAUGGAAAGGCACUGAUAUCGGGAAGAUAUCAAAUUCUAAGUAAUACAGAGUUUCACUAUUUUAUAAUAUAUAUUAUAAAAUAAUAAAACUCUGUAUAAAAAUACUUCCAACUGUUGCUUUAUACUUUCUACAUAAUAAUGUGUACAAUAGACUGCUAUACAAAAGUCUGUCUGUGAAUGUUACGGUCCAUUUUACAUUCUAAAAACUAAUUCAGAAUUAAGUUUCAGUUAUAUAUAAUUUUUACUAUUAGCGUUCUAUUCAGAAUUUAUCUUUGUGAUUAACGACCAUGUGUGAGUGAUAAUCAUGAAUUGUGAAUGUAAAAAUGACUUUUUUCCAAUAUAUUAAACAAAUCAAUAUAAAACAGAUAUGUGAAGAGAUUUCCUUAUAUUUAAAAAUUCAUAAUAAAAUAUUAAAAAAUACAAAA